AUUAGGGUUUUAGUAGACAGAAAAAAGAAAAUGGCCAAGUGUUUCAACGUAGUUCAGAAGCAGAAGAGAGCACAAAGAGCAACCCAUGGCGACCCUUCAACUAAGAAGCUUAAGAACAAAUCUCAAUCGCUCUCCAUCUCUGGCAAGCGUAAACGCAAGCUUCUCAAAAAAUGGCGCAGAGAUCAAAAAGAAGUAUUAGAAAAGGGAUUGGUGACUAUGGAAGAUGUGGAGAUGGUGGCUGCUGAAGGCACAUCCCAAGAUGCCACCAACAAGGCACCAACGAAAUUCCACAUGAAGAAGAAUUUGAAGCUCAAUCGUGUUAAGCGAAAAGGUAAAAAGAAGGGUUCUAAGCCUGCCAUUGAAGCUUCAGUGGAUUCUAUGGUAGAAUAAGUUUUGAUGAAGGAAACCAACAUAUCAUCAAGCUAAUAUUUAUACUUUGGGGACUUGGUUUUGUACGAUGUUGUCUUGGAAUCAGCUUGGCAACGAUAUUUGAUGGGCUAAUGCUUGUUUUAUUUAAUAUAUUUAGUUGUAACAUCUGUGUUCUGCACACAAUUGUUCUUACCAGUGAUAGUAAUGAGCAAAAGUUGUUGGAUGUU